AUACAUGGAUUUAAGAUCCCUGGAUUAAUAGACGAAAUCAAACUAACCCUCUUUGCUGACGAUACUACUGUGUACCUGCCAAAAACGGCAAGGCUACACAAUCUAACUGAGUCCCUCUCCAUGUGGUGCACGGCCUCUGGAGCAAAAUUCAACACUGAAAAAACGGAGAUUAUACCCAUAGGCUCCAAAAUGCACCGGCUCACUGUCCUUGCCACACGCCGCCUGCACCAGGACGAUGACCCCCUACCAACAUCCAUACACAUAGUCAAGGAUGGGGAAGCCAUAAGAUCCCUGGGGGCUUGGAUCGGCAACAACACCAAUGAUGCAACACCCUGGGAAGCAAUAAUAGAUAAAAUUGCACAACAUCUGACUUACUUAGCACGGGGUCACCCUACCCUAUUCAGCAAAACAUACAUGGUACAGCAGACUGUAGGCGGUAUGACCCAAUACCUGGCGAAGGUGCAGGGAAUGCCACCAAACAUAGUGACUGCCCUGGAAAAACUCAUUAGAAUAUUCAUAUGGGAAGAUGCCGCCACCAACCCCCCUGUCGCCCUAUCGCAGCUGUACAUGCCAAAAGAGAAUGGGGGACUGGAC